AUGAGGCCCAGGAACACCGAGGAGCUCAUUCUCUUGAUUCAGGGGAUUGCCCUGACGGCUGGAGCCUAUGCCGACGAUGCUCAGAAGCCCCUAACCUCGCGGACCUGCCUUCCGGCGCUAGAGUAUGCGCCGGAAAUUGGUACCCGGCGCUGUUUUGACGACACACCGAACUUGAAAGCCUUCAUCAACGACGUGGCGCUCACUCGACACAACACGGUUGAGCCAUGCGCCAGGCUGUGCGGCCAGGCUGGGUACUCGCUGGCUGGAAUCAAAUCCGACAGGAUCGAGGUUUAUGAGAUUAUCAACCCCAUUAUCGAUGAGAAAGCUCCAGGAAACUUUCCAGAUUGCACACGAGAUCCACUCUGCUCCAAUGACGUCUGUGACGAGUCGCUCUCGGAUAAACAGAGGGCGGCGGCGUUGGUUGCCGAACUUAUCAUCUGGGAGAAGCUCGACAACCUGCCUAUUCUUCUCGGCUCCGCAUUUGACGAUGAACUAGUGCGGGCCGUGGGAGAGGUUGUGAGCAGGGAGGCCAGAGCCUUCAGCAACGCUGGCAGGUCUGGGCUUGAUCUCUACUCUCCCAACAUCAAUGCCUUCAAAGAUCCCCGAUGGGGUCGCGGCCAAGAGACUCCCGGCGAGGAUACCUUCCACCUGCAGAAGUAUGUCUCAGCCAUGCUUUCAGGCCUGGAAGGGGAUGAUCCCGAUAAGAAACUCAUCGCAACCUGCAAGCAUUACGCAGCUAAUGAUUUCGAGAACUACAAAGGUGUAGACCGUUCUGGUUUCAACGCCAUUAUCAGCACCCAAGAUUUGUCCGAAUACUACCUUCCACCAUUCAAGACAUGUGCCGUCGAGAAGAACGUCGGAUCCUUCAUGUGCAGCUAUAACGGCAUCAACGGCACGCCUCUUUGUGCGAACAGCUACCUUAUCGAGGACAUUUUACGGAAGCACUGGGGAUGGAACGGGGACGGGCAGUAUGUCUCCACAGACUGUGACUGCGUCGCGCUGAUGGUCUCGUACCAUCAUUAUGCUCCCGACCUUGGACACGCCGCAGCAUGGUCCAUGCAAGCGGGAACGGAUCUUGAAUGCAACGCUUUUCCCGGAUCAGAGGCUCUUCAGUCUGCUUGGAACCAGUCGCUGAUCUCCGAGAAAGACGUGGAUAAGGCACUGACGCGGAUGUAUACAUCUCUCGUCUCGGUCGGCCUGUUCGACUUGGACAGGAAAGACCCGUUGCGCUCUCUAGGCUGGGACGAGGUCAACACCAAAGAGGCGCAAGAUCUUGCGUAUCGGGCAGCCGUCGAAGGCGCUGUUCUUAUGAAGAAUGAUGGCAUUUUGCCUCUGUCUCCUGAUUCCUCGAAGAAGUACGCCCUCAUCGGGCCAUGGGUUAGCGCGACAACGCAAAUGCAAGGAAACUACUUCGGUCCUGCUCCAUACCUCAUCUCUCCACGAAAGGCCGCGAAGGACCUUGGCCUGGAUUUCACUUACUUCCUUGGAUCGAGGAUGAACAAGUCCGACUCAUCGUUCGCACAAGCUAUCAAGGCAGCUCAAGCCGCGGAUGUCGUCAUUUUCAUGGGCGGCGUAGACAACACCCUGGAGCAAGAGACUCUCGACCGCAAUACUCUGGCGUGGCCUGAGCCUCAACUGCAGCUCCUUCGUGCUCUCUCGGAAGUGGGAAAGCCGCUAGUUGUUCUUCAAUUCGGAGGCGGGCAGGUUGACGACACAGAACUUCUUGCGAACGACUCCGUGAGCGCGAUUCUCUGGGGUGGGUACCCUGGCCAAUCAGGCGGAAAGGCGAUUCUGGAUAUCGUCUUCGGUCGCGCGGCGCCUGCAGGUCGUCUCUCCGUUACGCAGUACCCGGCAUCAUACAAUGAUGCUGUUCCAGCCACCGAUAUGAAUCUCAGACCUGGACCUGGCAACUCUGGUCUCGGGCGCACCUACAGGUGGUACACUGGAGAAACGCCGGUCCCUUACGGGUUUGGUUUGCACUACACAAAGUUUAGUGUGGAUAUGAAGCCAGCGUCGAACGUCCAUAAUAUUGAUAUUGCUCAAAUGGCCGCAGAAGCAAACGACGAUGCCGCUUCUGAAAUUCCCUCCUGGCAGCGUGGCCUGGAAAGGCGUAUGGUCACCGUGACCGUCUCCGCCAAGAACGAGGGAAAUGUGAUUUCCGACUACGUCGCGCUCGUAUUCCUACGGUCGGAGGCCGGUCCGAAGCCAUGGCCUCAGAAGACUCUGGUCGGAUACACGCGUCUUCGCAAUAUCAAGCCUGGCGAGGAGAGGAAGGAGGAAAUUAUCAUCAAGAUGGAGCAGCUCGUCCGAGUCGAUGAAGUGGGAAACCGGGUGUUAUAUGAAGGCCUCUAUUCUCUGUUUCUAGAUGUCGACGACAAGGCACAGAACGUAAUCACGAUCUUUGGGGAUCCAUGGGUCAUUGAAGAGUUUCCUCAGCCGAAGGAAGAUACGAAAGUGGGAGAUGAACCUGUGAACCUGGAACUUUGA